AUGAGCAUUGAGCCGACUUUCAUAGGAUAUAUUGAAACAACACAGGAUACGCUUCUCUUGUUCGAAGCAUGUCGAAGAGGCAAUCUCGUAAAGAUAAGUAGACGUCUUCAAGAAAAAGAACGCAAGAUAAUAACUUCGGGAAGUGUGUUCGUUUUUGAUGAACGCGAAUCUGGAAUAAAACGUUGGACCGACGGGUUGCUGUGGAGCCCUUCACGAAUCCUUGGAAACUUUCUUAUUUAUCGUGAGCUGGAUAAACGUACACCGACAGGAAAGAAAGAAACCACACCUGUAGAACGACAGCGAAGUAAUAGCACAGAUACGGAAUUUCAGAUAGAAAAAAAUAAGGAACGCGCUUUAGUUGGUAGUUUAACUAACACAUAUCGUUUCAAGAAGGGAGGUUUAAUCAAAAAAACAAUGUCUAUAAUGGUGAAUGGAGUAAAUCAUCACAUGAUCAGCUAUUACACUAAAGAAGACGUACUUGCCUGUAAACUUAAGAUCCCUUCCACGAUCCCAGAUCUGGCAAUUCUUGAAAUCGCACCCGAAUUUUUAUUAAAACAAAACUUUAGGAUACCGCCAGUAAUCGAGUCGAAUUACGAACAAGGUGAACUAAAUUCGAAAAGUGUAAUUUCUUACGAGAAACAAUCACCUGUUAUCACCGCUUCACAGCACACGAUUGUCACAACAAAGCUGAAUGAAAACACGUCUCAUUUAAAGACUAAAAUUGAAAAUUCGAAUUCUUCUGGAGUCAGCAUCUAUUAUUCUGUACGUGAAUUCAUGAAUCGACAAUCACCAUAUGAAUUUCCACCAAUUAUAUCACUUGGUAAUAAUACAACACCAAGGCUGUUGUCACCAUUAAUGCCUAACGUUAGUUCGCAAAUAGAAUAUAAUAAUUAUCAUCAAACACAAAAUAAUUCGAACGGACAAAACAGUUCUUGGUCUGAAUAUCAAUAUCCUUCGUAUUCAUCGAACGCGCCACAUCCACAUAACUCAGGAAAUAGCCUUCCAUCCAUGAGUCAUCAAUCUCAAUCUAGUAGUCAUCAUGCAGAAGCGGGUAGUGACAUGUUUUAUACGGCUACUGCAACCCACAACAUUAACACGUUUAAUGAUCAAGCUCCCUUCCUACCCGAUUUGUACAGUUCUGCCCGCUCCUCUACUGUUAAUGCCGCGUCACAUUCUCAAUCAAAUCAGCAUGAUCAAGCAACAUCUCCAUCUCCCACACUUCCUGCAAUUUCUUCUCCUGCUAGCACUGCGAGCACUUCCAAUAGUAAUGGUUCAAGUAAUGCUCCUUUAACGCCUCUUAACUCUCCUGGCAAUACUACCACGAUCGUCGACUCUGGCUUUA